AUGAACUAUGAUUCAAGUUCUUCUAGUUCAGGUUCUGAGUUUUUUAAUUACAUGGUUCAAGAUUACAUAGAAUGGAGUCAGUCCGUUGAUACUGAGCAACAAAAUGAAAAAGAAAUUGUACCCCGCACUAGAAAUUUUGUGCGUAGGGGACGUGAGGAAGCUCAUGAAAGAUUGUUUCAUGAUUAUUUCAGCAACGAACCUCUAUACCCCGAGAAUAUUUUUCGUCGUAGGUUUCAUAUGCAUAAGCAUGUUUUCCUUCGUAUUGUCGAAGGUGUAACAAUUCAAGAUGAUAAAUUCUUUAAGCAAAAACCAGAUGCUACUGGAAGGAUGGGUGCAUCUAAACUACAAAAAUGCACAGCGGCUAUCAGGAUGUUGGCAUAUGGUUCAUCCUCUGAUGCUGUUGACGAGUACCUGAAAAUUGCUUCAAGUACCGCUAGAGAGUGCCUUCUUCAUUUUGUCGAAGCGGUUGUUGCUAGAUUUGGAGAUGAAUACUUGAGGAAGGCAAAUGCAAAUGACAUUGAGCGUCUCCUACAUGAAGGCGAGCGUUGUGGCUUCCCAGGCAUGAUGGGAAGCAUCGAUUGCAUGCACUGGAACUGGAAGAAUUGUCCUCGAGGCUGGAAAGGAAUGUAUCAAGGAAGAAGCAAAACAGCAACCAUAAUCUUAGAAGCGGUUGCUUCAAGUGACUUAUGGAUAUGGCAUGCUUUUUUUGGCACCCCGGGUUCAUGCAAUGAUAUAAACGUAUUGCAGAGGUCUCCCGUCUUUGAUGAUGUCCUACAAGGAAGAGCCCCAAAGGUCAACUUCUCGGUGAAAGAGACAACUUAUAACAUGGGUUACUAUCUUACUGAUGGCAUCUACCCGAGAUGGUCAACAUUCAUCCCCGCAAUAAAGCUCCCCCAAACCCCCAAACAAAGACUAUUCACACAACAUCAAGAAGCUGUUAGAAAAGAUGUAGAGCGUGCAUUUGGAGUAUUGCAAGCUAGAUUUGCAAUCAUUCGUAAACCCGCUCUCGCGUGGGAUAAAGACAUAUUGUGGAAAAUAAUCAUGGCAUGUAUCAUCAUGCACAAUAUGAUUGUUGAAGAUGAGCGUGAUACUUAUCAAAAUUAUCGAGAUCCAAACGAAUAUGAUCAGCUUCAAACUCAAAAUAACGAGGGGUCAUCUAACCAAGUCGGAGAAGACUCAUUCGUUGUGCACAACGGAAGACUCGAUGCGCGAAAUUUAGGUGCAUACAUGGAGAGAAGAUCUGAGAUGCGAGAUGCGGAAACUCACAUCUCACUAAAAAAAUAA